AUGAACGCCGCUGAUGUGCUCUAUCGUGCGAGACGGUCACAUUCUACCGUACAGGUUAGUUUAUAUUAUACAUGGCAUUUUGAUGAUGUUUUGGGAAAAUUUGGGGAUUUACUGUAAAAAUUGGUUGUAAAAAACAAAGACGAUUAAGACGAAUACUAAAAUAGGUGACUGUCCUGUCUGAAAUUGGAUUUAUAGGGCGUUAAAUUGCGUUUAAAUCUGAAUAGAUAAGAUUUCCCUUGGGAAUUUUGGCCAAAAACCCUUAAAUAGAAGUGCAAAAUGGCUGAAACGGUAUGAAAAAGGUUUCAAAAUACGAUUAGCUUCUUGAAAAAUUGAUAGUUCCCCUAAACUACUAAUUUCAUCAAGUAUAACAUAAAAUUUUUAUUGUUUUAGACCAUCAAGUAUAACAUAAAAAAAUUUUAUCCGAACAUGCCUCAGAGGCUCUCAUAUGCCAUAAACUACCUUGAUAUUGCCUCAGAUAUCUGAAUUUUCAAGGGUUUCCAGAAAAUUUAUGGUAUUUUUUCGAAUACUCUUCACCAAAAAAAUCCCUUUUUUGUCAAUUUAUUCCAAAAAAGAGUCAAAAAUUAAUCCGUCCGAACAGUCUUAUUAUUUAGUAUUCUCAAUUCUUCGCGCUUCACCAUGUUUUGCGGCCCAGUAAUCCGAUGCAUUGGCGCUUAAUUGGAUUCGAAGGGUUUUUUCUUUACAUUUUUAUCAAAUUUUCACGCUGAGAUGGCCAAGUACCCUCGGAAUCUCGGUUGAAAUGAGUGUUUUCCACCGAGAUUUCGCUAAUUUGUAUGGUCAUGUGUCGCCAGAGGUAAGAAAAUGGCUAUUUUUUCCGAUAUUAGAUGCUGUUCUUGCGAUUUUUUAUCAAAAAAUGAUAAAAAUGGUGGACUUUUGGCGUAAAAAAAGUUGUUUUAUGACAACUUCAGGACUUUUUUGAGCUUAAAGUUCUGAAAUUUUUCUGUUUUAAUUCAAAAAAUCUCAAAAUUUCCGACGGAUUUUAAUUUCAUCCCUUUGUUUAUCAUUUUUAUGCGUGCAAAGUCCUCCUUCGUCAGAAGACAAGUCUUCUUGGCCUAAAAACAACAAAAAAAUAGGUCUGGAACCUAGAUUUUUACGCCUCGAGGCGGUGCAAUCUCGGCCGUUCCAAACGUCAAGUUGAAUCCCGAAAGAAGUUGCGGCAAUUUGAGAGCUCAAUUUGAGGAAUUUUGGGGAGUAAAUGAGAGAGUGUUGGGUUAGGAUAGGAAGAAAAAAGUUGGGUGAAACUUGGCCCAAAUUUAAAAUGAAUUCCAGGAAAGGUUCAUUACAGGGGCAUCCCAAGAAAAAUUUUCGAUAACGGAGUUAUUCAAGCAUCUUUGCCGAUCGUAAACUAUGGAAAUUGAGGAGAGACGAUUAGAGAAAAAAACUUUCAGUAAUCUUUGCGUAUUUUGGUUAACAAAAAUUUAUUUUUUGGAGAAAUUUUGCGUUCCACACAUCAAAUAGAAUACGUCAAAAAAUACAGUGCAAUUUGAGAGCUCAAUUUGAGAAAUUUUGGGGAGUAAAUGGACAGAAUGUUGGGUUAAUCAUAUAAGCUUAUCGUUAGGUAAAAAAAAAGUUGAUGAAACUUGGCCCAAAUUUAGAACAAAAUUUUCUUUGACAUAAGCCAGAUUUUGGGGUCGAAACUUUCAGAAAUUUGACAUACAGUACGAGAAGGGAUCCAGUGGUCAAAAAUUCUUCUAAUUGCAUCCGGAAGGCAUUCCAAAUACAACUAAAUAUCUCCCUAUCUGACCGAGAAUAGCGUUUUUCUGAAGGCGAAAAAGUUUACCUUUUGGAAAGAGCAGAGAGGGAGGCGUUCAAUGCUUCACCGAAACGUUUCCCCCCUCUACUCCUUCCAAACUUUCUUGUUCUCACUUCAAAAGAACGCUAUUUUCGGUGAGAGAGGGAGGCGUUUAGUAGUAUUCUAAAUGACUCCCGGAUGCAAUCGGAAGCACUUUAGACCACUGGAUCCUGUCCCGCACUGUAUGGCAAAUUUCUGAGAGCUUUGACCUCAAAAUCCGAGUUAUGUCAGAGAAAAUUUUGUUCUAAAUUUGCGCCAAGUUUCACCGAUUUUUUUUUACCUAUGCUUAUUUGAUUAACCCGACAUUCUAUUUACUCCGUAAAAUUUCUCAAAUUGAGCUCUCAAAUUGCAUUGUAUUUUUUGAGAUAUGUAUUCUAUUUGAAUUCUGGAGUGGGAAAUUUCUCCAAAAAAUUUAUUUUUGUUGACCAAAAUACGCAAGGAUUACUGGAAAGCUUUUUUUCGCUAACCGUCUCUCCUCAAUUUCCAUUGUUUCCUAUCGGCAAAGAUCUUCGAAUAACUCUGUUAUCGAAAAUUUUUCUUGGGGUGCGAUGACUUUUCCUGGAAUUUAAUUAUUGCCUCAGGACAAGUGGCUCUAACCAUCGGAAGUUACGACUAUUUUGGGAGUUUUGGAGACGCCGCUUGAGGGAAAUUUGAACGCCUGCCCUUUAACCCUCACUUAAACUCGUCUUUCGGGCCGCUUGAAAGUCCGCCAAAUUCUCCAACGAAAAUAUGAAUAGGUUAUUUUUUGAGCAAAAAAGCGCAGCAGGACGUCAUUUUCGGAAUUUAAAUCGGCAAUAUUGGUCCAAAAAGUAUUGAUUUUGAUGAGUAGGUGAGUUUUGGAUGCGAAAAUAUGUCUCAAUUUUUUCAAAUUUCAGCCUCCCAAGCUGGAUACGGACCAAAGUACGGUCCAUGUGCAGUUCUUCCAGUACAAGACCACCGAUUACCUGUACGACCUAAGGGAGUGCUCGUCGGAUAGAUUGUAUUCGGAUACCAAUGUGAGUUGACUUACCGAAUUUUUAUUUGAUUUUAGAAAAAAAUGUUUUUGUCUACGUUAACAUAAAAAUUUUUGAUUUUGAUGUCUAAAGAAAUAUAUCCAUGGUCUAAAUUUUAGUUCAAAGAGAAAUUGAAGAACAAAUGGCACGAAUGCAAGGACAAAGGUGGAGUCAUCAACUAUGACCUGAACUGCAUGUACAAAUUGCUGGAUGGAGAUUACAAUCUUUCCAUUCAGGUGAGAAAAAAUUAUUUUUCUCCCGCCAUUUUUGCGGGGGAAAGGGCGCGCUCUUCAAAAAGAAGUUUUUUCACUUUGAAAGGGAGGAUUUUGCCACAUUUUUCAUACUUCCCGGAUACAAAAUGAUACAUUCUAAAAAUCGAAAUUUAAUUUUCCCUUCACAGUCGAGCCCAGUUUGAAUUUUUUUUAUCUUCAGCUGAACGUCGAACGAGGCACCCUGCGUCGGAAGCCGAUGCGCUUUCAAAGCAUUGUCCAGCCCUUCAACAUGCAUCGAUGGAAUUUCACGAAGCUGAGACCUUCAGAAGUGAUGUUCUAUGCCCGCUGCACUGACAACCACUACACGAACGACCCGCUGGACACGCACACGAUCUGCGUGAAUGCCUCUCCCAUCGAAAGUGGCCACUUUUUAUUUGUGCCAUCGCUUUCGAAACGGCUUCCGCAAAUCAUGACCGAAACGGGAAUACGAAUGGCCACGGACCUGAUGCUCAUCGUGGAAGACGAGAACUUUCACGUGCUGUAUAAUUCGCUUCUAGGACAGGCCUCGCUGAAUCACUUACAUCUCCAUGGAUUGUUCUGGCCUUAUGAGUCGGAUCUUAUUCAUAGGGUAGGUUUGUGGGGAGUUGAGAGGAUUUUUGAAGGUUUUUGGGAUUAAAAAAAGAAGAAUUUAGGUUCUAAACUUACUUUUUUCGCUGAAAAAAGACAUUUUUAUAAGAAAAAAGUUCGAAAAAUGGGAUUUUUUCAUCAAAAUUCGUUUGGGUUUUACUGUGGCGGACCUGAUCCAGUGGCAAAAAACAUACCAUUUUGCAUCCCGGAAGUAUCAAAAAUGUGGCAAAAUACCUCCAUUUCCAAGUGAAAGACUCCGAUUUCAAAAGCGCACCCGCUCUUUUUUGCUUUUUUAAAGGUGCGCUCUUCAAAACGGAGUUUUUCCACUUGGAUAGGGAAGCAUUUUGCCACAUUUUUGAUGCUUCCCGGAUGCAAGAUGGUACGUUUCUUGUCACUGGAUCCGGUCCUCUACUGCAUUUAAAAAAAAAGGUUUAAUUUUCCAGCGCUUCGAGCUUCUCGCCGGCGAUUGUUACGUGAUCCGCCGCCCCGACUGGUACAUUCAUUGCUUUUGCUACCAACUCCAAGGACCCGACUCCUUCGAUUCGUUCGUGAAAAACGUGUGGCACACCCUGAACUUUUUGACGGUCCACAACGUCGCUCACAACAUGUUCUUCACGCGCGCUCCACCCCUCCGAACCCAGCCGCCGGUCCGCUUCGAGCAGCCCCGAGACGCACCUUCACUUGUUACCGUUUACAUAUUCCCAAGGCAAAGCCAGGCCGGCGCCAAGCCCAUGAACAAUUUCAAUCCAGCCGCACUGGAGCUGGCUGGAUGCUUGAUGGCUUAUAGUAAGGGAUUUUAUAAAAAAAAAUAUAUUUUUUUUUUGAAUUUUUUUUUGACUUUUAGGCCAAAAUAAGGUUGAAUAGAAGAAAAUUUUGAGGGUUGUUUGGAGUUUUUUGGUCUAAAAGUUUUCCGGAAAUUGUGUUUUCCGGAUGUUUUUUGAACAAUUUUAUAUUGCACUAUGUUAAAUCUGCUAGAAUUUUUUGACCUUUGGUCGAAAACCAGGUGGAAUAUUGAAUUUAGAGACUGAAUUUUUAAAAUUGUCUAGUUGGUGGUAAAUAAUUUUUUUUUUGAUGAUUUUGAUAUGUAAAAUAAGGUCGAAUUUUGAAUUUUCAACUUUGGUGUGGUCUACCUUGCUUAUUUUUAGAUCUGAAAUUCUUCGAAACGGCCACUGAACAAAGUUGUAUCCGGACCUUUGACGAGGACGCUGCCUUGGAUGAUCUUCACUUUGAAACGGUAAAUGUGAUUUUUGGUCCGUUUUUACAAGGGAAUUACCCCAAAUGUGCGACACUCAGAUUUUUUUAAAAUUUUGCACGCAAGUCGGGCAUGGACUAAGUAUCAAUUCCUGAAAGUUUUAGCUCGCGCUUUGCGGGCGCCGCCGAGAUAUUGAACGCUCUUUGCCGCCGAGAGAGCACACUAAACGUGGAAAGCGGUCAGAGAGGAAAACGCUUUUUGGCCACAACUUUGCCAGUUUUGUGCGAAAAAAUUUGAUUUUUUGUGGAAACAUUAUCCUUUAGAGUUGAAAUAGGCAUGAAACUUUUCGUGCCGAAAUUCGGCAAAAGUCCUAAAUUUUGUUCCUGAAAAUCGCGAGCUAAAAAUUCCUGAAAUUUUUAGCUCGCGCUUUGCAGGCGCGGCCGAGAUAUCGGACGAUUUAUGCCGCCGAGAGAGCACGCUAAACGUGGAGAGCGGUCAGAGAGAAAAGCGCUUUUUGGCCAUAACUUUGGCAGUUUCGUGCGGAAAAAUUUGAUUUUUUGUAGAAACGUUAUCCUUUACGAUAGAAAUGGGCAUGAAAAGUUUGGUGCCGAAAGUAGGCAAAAAGUGUCAAAUUUUCGCCGACUUUCGAUCUACAAAUCUCGGUUGUUUCUGCAAAGCGCGAGCUAGGAUUCUGGCAUAUAUUUUAGAAAAAAUUAUUCUAAAUUUGUGCCAAGUUUCAUCAAAAUUUGAGCGUCGCACUUGGGGUACUUCAAUUGAUAGCUAUUAAGAAAUUUUUUCAAAAAAAAACAUUUUUGACAAAAUUUUUUUUUUUUGAAAAAUUCAAAUUUUUUUAAAAAUAAUUUCAAUAUUUUUCCAGCUAGCCCUAGAAUUGGCCCAACGCCUGCUCGGCCGCGUCCCCUGGGCCGCCCAAGUUCCGCCUCCAUCACUCCGGGUCUCCUCAUCCGACGAGUAUGAGCUAACUGAGCUUGAAGAACUUUGCGACUCUUUCCACACGGUCUCAGUCCCCGUUCCGUUGAAGCCCCUCAAACACCAUCGAUCCUUUAAUUUUGGCCAGAAAUCUUCGGAACAUUCCUUGUUGGACGAUCUCCCCACCCAACGAAAACGCAGCCACACCACGGACGCGGCCAUGGAAUUCACAAUCCAUGAGGGAAAGGAGUCAUAA